GUCGGAGCGGCUUCUUCACCAUCACACAACAGCCAUGUCUCUCAAGAUAACCACCAUCCUGUCUGUCGCCGUGCUGGCCCUGGCCGACUAUCCUUCAAGAUACCCACCACCACCAUCUCCCCAAUCCUACCACGCCCCUCCAUCACCGUCCUAUCCUCCUCCCCCUUCCCCAUCCUACCCCACCCCCGCCCAUUAUGGUCAGCCACAGUAUCCUGACGAGCCGCCCAAAUAUUCCUUCGGAUACAACGUUAAGGACGACAACGAUGGUGUAAACUUCGGCCACUCGGAGGCCCGCGACGGAGACAACACCGAGGGCAGCUACAAUGUGGACCUCCCCGACGGUCGUACAAAGACCGUCACUUACGUGGACAACGGCGACGGUCUGAAGGCUGACGUGACCAUUGGAGGGAACAUCAAGCCUGUCCCCAGCUACAACCCCGUCCCCAGCUAUAACCCCGUCUCCAGCUACAAUCCCGGCCCCAACUACAACCCCGUACCCAGCUACUAUCCCGCCCCCAGCUACAACCCAGAACCCAGCUACAACCCAGAACCCAGCUACAACCCAGAACCCAGCUACAACUCAGAACCCAGCUACAACCCAGAACCCAGCUACAACCCAGAACCCAGCUACAACCCAGAACCCAGCUACAACUCAGAACCGAGCUACAACCCAGAACCCAGCUAUUACCCCGAACCCAGCUCCUACCCCGAACCCAUCUAUUACCCUGUCCCCAGCUAUAACCCUCCUCCGCCAUCAUACAGCUAAAGCCGGCUUUAUAUGUUGAUUGUUUACCUAGAACAAUACUUUGUUACUGGCUGCCCACACUUGUUAUAUUUUUGUCUCCGAGAUCACUUGUCAGAAGCAUACAAUAAAAUCAAAUCUCAAUUGUU